AUGGAACAUUUGAGCAAACUUGAUUUCACCCCUUUGAAUGUAUCUGGUGAGAACUACGUGAGUUGGACAAUGGAUGUUAAGAUCCAUCUCACUAGUAAGAAACUGAGGAUGGCUAUUGUUAAAGAAAAUCUGCUUAACGAAGCCCAGAAGGCUGAAGCCAUGAUUCUGAUUAGGAGGCACCUAGAUGAGGUCCUCCGUUUGGACUACUCAUCGAUUGAGGAUCCCCAAAUACUAUGGGAUGCCCUGGCUAGUCGAUUUGAUCACCAAAAGACAAUCCUCUUGUCUGAAGCAAGAAACAAAUGGAUUCACUUACGGUUUAUGGACUUCAAAACUGUUAACGAGUAUAACUCUGAAGUAUGUCGCAUCAAAUCCACCCUGGAGUUUUGUGGAGAGAAACUAACUGAUGCUGAGAUUCUGGAGAAGACGUACUCUACAUUCCCUGCCUUACAUAUGAUACUGUCUCAACAGUACAGAGCCAAGAACUAUACUCAGUUUUCAGAGUUGGUCACCGUUCUGCUCCUUGCCGAGAAGAACCUUGAUCUUCUUUUGAAGAACAACCAGGCUCGACCAGUUGGUACUCGACCUUUGCCAGAAGCAAAUUUGGUCAAUCGAAAUCCUCAACCUUUGCCUGAAGCAAAUUUGGUCAACAGAAACAAUCGUGGUGGAGGCAGAGGCCGUGGGUUCAAUCGUCGAGUGAGGGAAAGAGGUAAUAGGGGCGGACAUGUUCCUUAUAAUAGGCCACCUAAUGGCCCCCACAGUAUGGGCAAAGGGGGAAUAUGCCAAGAGGAGGUAACAAUGCUCGACCUAGAGGUGCGCAGCAGAAUAGAGCCCUGA